GUGUGUGUGUGUCUGUGUCUGUGUGUCUGUGUAUGCCAGUGUCUCGCUGCUCUAUUUGGCUUCACUCACCGAUCACGGCAUAGAGGGCGCGCUCGCCGAGAGCCAGACGGGAGACCGCGCGCCCGGGAACCGCAAAGGAGGCCCACUCGGGAGCCGAGCCUGACGCCAGCAUCCCGGGCAUGAGGGCCGGGAGCCGGGAUUCCGGCCCGGGGAGAGCCGGGCCAGCCACCAGCAGCAGGCCAUUGUCCAGGAGCAGAGCCGCGCGGGAAAAGCCGGCCACAGCCAGGCGGACCUUUCGCUGGCCGAAAAUGUCCACCAACCGAGGGAGGUGUCGGGUGUCAGGGCCCGCCGAGGUGGAGGAGAGUCGCCCCGGAGCAUGGGCACCGAAAUGCACGGGCCACCGGUCGCCAGCCGGCAAGACCGCAGUCAGGCCGACCGGGUCGUCGCCCCACACCUCAACCCGGCCGGAGCGGCGGACAGCCAAACCAAACUGCGCCCCGGCGGCCAGGUCCACCACCGGGUCGUCGGACUCCUCGGCCAGGGGAAUGCACACCGGCUGGGCCAGCCGGUCGGCGCCCGGGGUGACCGGCGUCCCACACUGGCCAUACUCGUUGUUGCCCCAGGCAAAGACCCGGCCAUCGGCCGUCAGGGCCAGGGUGAAGUCCGCCCCGCAGACAAGUCGCGUCGGGGCGGGCAUCCCCGCCGGAGCGGCCGAGGUGUCGCAUGCUCCGGCCACCUGCGCCGGCAUGCUCAGGGCCUUCAGCAGCCCGGUGGACGAGGCAAAUGGCCCAAGCUGGCAAUCGGCAUCCCACCCGGAGGCCACGAUCCCGGAGGGGGAAGACCCGCCAGCAUGGCCGCCCGAGGGAGACCGCAUGGCCACAACAGUGUGGUCGAGCCCGGCAGACAGAGCAGUCACCGGCUGGCCGACCGGGGCCAGAGCCAGCUGGAAUCCCUCGCGCCGCCCGGCCUGGGCACCAAGCUGGCCGAAAAUGUUGGCUCCCUGCAGGGCAAGCACCUGCUCGGGGGUGCCGGUCCCGGUGCCGGAGACCCGCUGGAGUAGGGCGGCGCCAUGUGCCCGCCCGGUGGCCAGAGCCUCCACACGCCAGGACUCCGGCAGGGACGUGCGGCUAACAUCGAUGUCUGGGAGAACCAGGCGAUCGGCCUCGGGCGCCGGCACCAGGCCGUCCGUCAGCCGGCUCUCGUGGGCGUCGAGGUCCAUCAGCAACCCGGCGCCAAGUUGCCCGUGGGUGUUUACUCCGGCUCCGCGGAGGGUGUCCCCGGUGUCAGGCCGGCGCUCGGUCCAGAGGACAUGAUGCGGCCCGGCGGCCAGAUGCGGAACGGCGCCGCCGGCGCGGCCCAGCCGGGUCGGCGCGGCCAUCGUGCCCGUGGCUCCGGGGAAGAUCUCCCCCGCCAGCAGGUGAAGGCUCUCAUUGGUGCCGGCCGGCAGGGAGGCCAAGCCACGCCGGAGGAGAGCGCGUGCCGCCGUCGGCCGGCGGAGGGAGAGCAGCGAAGAGGCGAGCAUGACAGGGAAGCAGGUGCCUCUCUUUUCCCAAGGUGUAAUAGGGCAGGGAAGGAACGCGUGUUGUCUGUGCGAAGGCGCGGCAGCCAGGGACAAGGAUGUGUGGGUAGAAGAGGCGAGGAGGGGGCGAAGGACGGC